AUGUCUUAUUUAUCACCAAAUAAUUCAGAAAACAGAUAAAAUCAAAAUCUGAUUUUAAUAAAAUAAACUGAAGAAGAUGAGUUCUAUAAAGAACAACAAUUAUAUAAAGGAGCCUAACUUUAAAAAAAGAAUAUUCAAUUUUUAAACUCUUAGGUUAAUGACUUUAAGCAAAUAAAUAAAAGAAAUGAGGAUGAUGUCGAAAGUAUAUAAUAACUUACCAACAAUUACUUUUUGAAAACAAAUUCAUAGUAAGAAUCUGUGAGCGUUUCUUAAAACUCUAAUUUUGUAUAUGAUAUCCAAAACAGUGGUUCUAGUAACAAAGCAUCUCCAGAUUAGAAGAAUUGUAGACAAAAAGAAUCUCAUCUUUUUGAAUAAUUACAUUAAUUAACUUUUUCAAAGUCAAAAGAAAAAAUGAAAGCUAAAUCAAUAGAUGAAUUAAAUAUAAAUGAUAGUAAGAUCAAAUGCUUAGAUAAUAAAUGUGAAAACUAAUCUAAUUUGAUUGUUGAUAAUAAUAAAUUUAUUGAUUAGGUUUUAUCAAAUAAAAAAAUUGAACUCCUUAUAUAAAAUAAAUUAAAAUAAGCAUGUCUUGUAGAAGAAUUUAAAAAACUUGCCAUAAAAAUUAAUGCUCUUAAUUAAUGA